CAUUAUGUUACCAUGGCUAUAGUGAUUACAAGCAACCUACCAAUUAAAUGUGAACACCUGGCUUCUCUAAAAUAACGUUCACUUUGAGUUACUGUGUUUAAGUAAGGUAAAAAGACUAAUAAUUAGAGUAAACAAUUUAAAUAGAAAUUUGGAAAAGAUUAUUUCUCUAUACUAAAAAAAUAAAGAAAAAAUAAAUGUUAUUACAUCAUCCAUAAAUACUGAGGUAUUACAUGAGUUAGGGUUUUUUGGGAGUGGAAAGAGUAAUCGUUAUAGGAAGCAUUGGCAUACACAUUGUUUGCGAUCUGCUACGAGAAGAGAAAAAGUGGGAAUCCAAUGGGAAACCGCCGUUGAGUUUGCUGGAAGAUGUCGGAGAACUAUUUGUUCUUGGUACUCGUGGUCGAAGAAGAUAGAUGUUGGAAGCAGGGUAGUAACGACUGAUGAAGACAGAGCAACUUAUGACCUGGUAUUUGGUGGUGUGAGAUGGACAGCGAUUCAGAAAGUAGCUCAGAGUUCUCUGCACAGUGGAGUGAUGGAUGGAGCACGGGAUCGGAGGCUGACGAAUGUGAGACAGUAAGGCAAUCAGAAGAAGUGGACAUGACAUUGUUGGAUACUGAGGGAAGUAGUAGGGUAGCAGAUGAUGCAAAAGAUCAAGGAUCUAGUUGGGCGACUGUGAGGUCAGUUGAAGAACCAAAUAAUUCCAAUCGCUGCGAGGCAGGGGUAACAGCAGAAGAUUUGGCUAUUGCUGAGUUCGAUUCAGUUGAGGAGGCAUAUGCAAGGUACGUGGAAUAUGCACGGGUUAUCGGGUUUGCAGUUCGAAAGGGAGAUUCGGGAAGAGAUAAUGAAGGUAAUGUUGUGAGAAAAUUUUUCUUCUGCAACAGAGAAGGGUUGCGCGAUAAGAAACAUUACGAGAGGAUUGAUAGACAGCGGGCACACAAACCAAUUACAAGAACCAAUUGUAAUGCUCGAUUUGUGGUUCAUCUAGACAAGGGUUAUGGAAAGUGGAAGAUGAAGUCUUUCGUCGCGGAUCAUAACCAUGAACUAGCCCCAGCAGACCACACAAAUGUGAUGGCACCGCAUCGGCACAUGUCGGAAGGCGACAAGGCCCAUGUUCAUAGCUUGCACGAAGCAGGUUUUCAGACAACCCAAAUCAUGGGAUUCUUUGCCUAUCUCGCAGGUGGUUAUCGCAAUUUGCAUUUUAUAAAGAAGGAUCUAUAUAAUUAUAUCGAUGAUGUUCGACGUUCCCGCAUAGUAGAGGGUGAUGCUGCUGCGGCCAUUAGCUAUCUUAAAGGGAAGACCGAACUUGAUCCCCUAGCUGUGGUACAAUACUCGUAUUGUGCUGAGAACCAUUUAGGUAAUCUAUUUUGGUGUGAUGGUCAAAUGCAGCAUGACUAUGAUUGUUUUGGUGAUGUCUUGGCCUUUGACUCAACCUAUAGAAAGAAUUUAUACAAUAGGCCUUUGGUGAUUUUUUCAGCUACUAACCAUCAUAGACAGACCAUUAUAUUUGGGUUUGGGUUGCUUGAGGAUGAGAAGAUUCCUUCUUAUAAAUGGUUGCUAAGGAGUUUUUUGGAUGUAAUGAGGCAAAAGGAGCCGAUGGUUGUGGUUACCGAUGGAGACGAAUCAAUGAAGGAGGCUAUCCGGAGCGAGUUUCCUAAUGCAACACACAGACUAUGUAGUUGGCAUCUUGCUCGGAAUGCUGUCUCUAAUAUUAAGGAUGCUAAUUUCUGUAGUGCAUUCAAGACUGCGGUGUAUGGAAACUUUGUGGUUGAAGAGUUUGAGAACUAUUGGGCAGAGAUGGUUGAGAGCUUUGGUUUAGAGAAUAAUGAGUGGAUUGGAAAAACAUACGAGAAGAGGGUGCAUUGGGCAAACGCCUAUCUGUGUGAUAAGUUUUGUGCAGGAGUUAGAACAACAUCGAGAUGUGAGGGAAUCAAUUCAUCCCUCAAGAAGUUUAUUAGAUCUGGAAAUUGUCUACUUGAGCUCGUGGAGAACCUGGAUCGUGUGGUGAAGGAUUAUCGGAAUAAUGAGUUCAUGGCCGACUUCAAAAGCUUGUAUUCGGAACCGGUGAUGACAACAGGGUUGGAAAGUAUUGAAAAGACUGUAAGCAAGGUGUAUACGCGAGAGAUAUUCUUUGAGGUUAAGAAACAAAUAGAGUCAGUUGGUGCGUUGCUCGUGCUGCAUCGUGAGACUUAUGGUACCAUUCAGAAGUUCAUGCUAAGGAAGUUCCGAAAGCUCCGUCGAGUUUAUACUGUUUUAUACGAUAGCAGUUCCGAAAAUUAUGAGUGCUCGUGCAAGUUGUGGAACAGUCUAGGGGUCCCAUGUAGUCAUAUAUGUUGUGCGAUGAAGGAGCUUGAGAUAGAGGCAUUGCCUAGGCUAUUAGUGCUUCGCAGGUGGUGUAAAGAUGCAAAAACAUUGGUGUCAGUUGGUGAAGUGCCAGUGGUCGAUCCGGAAAAGGCGUUUCGGGUACGUUAUGGGUCUCUGUGGAGUGCAUGUAUGUCUAUGUGCUAUAUAGCCUCUCAGGAUGGAGAAACGUACGAGAAUGUUCUUUCUCAAGUAGCAAAAUUGACGAAGGAAAUUGAGUCAGCAGGCCCACGAGGCGGAAGGAACCGAUUUGGGAGAGCAGGCGAUGACCUUGUCAACAUGCUGGAUCCAACUAUUGUAAAGUCGAAGGGUGCUCCCAGGGGCAGCACGAACGCAAAAAUGGGAAGGCGAUGUAGAAGGUGCCAUGGGCUUGGGCACGAUCGUAGGAAUUGUACUGCGAGGAACGAACAACCAGAUGAUGAGGUAGAAGGAACUAUGAACAGCCAAUCUCAAACUUCUUGUAAAAAGGUUCGACAAGGUUAGGCAUUCGCCAAUUGGUGAUGUGCAUAUCAUUUAUUCAUCAAUGUCAGGCCGUUGAAUGAAGCAUGUUAGCAUUUGCCAAACCAGGGGUCCAUUUUUUUGUACUUGUUGCAGAUGCGGGUUUGAAAAUUUACGUGAAGCAGUGUCUUGUAUUGAACUUUAGUAAUGCUAAUGCGUCAUGUGUUGUGAAUUAGGGACGUGCAUUGUACAGCAAAAUUUGAAUGUCUUUCAUGUGUUCCAAAGUAAUGAUCAUGGAUAACAUGAACCCUUAAUGGUUAA